AUGUCCGCUCCGCAAAAGGUGGCGCUUGUGACUGGUGCCAACCGUGGGAUUGGAUUUGCGACUGCUCGUCGCCUUGGUGAACUUGGUUUCAAGGUACUUCUCGGCGCACGUGAUGCAAAGCGCGGUGAGGAGGCCGUCAACACGCUGCGUAGCGACAAGCUGGAUGUGGAUCUGCUGCUGAUGACGCCGACGGACCACGCCUCUGUGGAGGCCGCUGUGCAGAAGGUUGAAGCUGAUUACAAGCGCCUCGAUGUGCUAAUCAACAAUGCGGCUUUCAUGGAUUUCGACAACAAGGUGUUCCCCUUGAACAUCCAGCGCAUGCGCGAUGAGUUCGAGAUCAACUUCUUUGGCACCGUGGACAUCACAAACAGCUUCCUCCCGCUGAUGCUGCGGUCGUCGGAGGCGCCGCGUCUAGUGUUUCUGUCGACCCCGCUUGGAACGCAUGAAACGGUGGACCGCCCGCAGAACAAGUACGCGCACCCCAACUUGACAGCGUAUAAGUGCACCAAGUCCGCUGUGAACAUGUACGCGCACAACCUUGCCAAGUACCUCGAGAACUACUCCGAGGAGGCUGGUGGAAGCGCCGCUUCUGCGAAGGUGAACUGCUGCUACCCUGGCUAUGUGCAAACUGAUAUGUGCUUCAACUCUAAGGAGGCACACUUCACUCCCUACGAGGGCGCUGAAACGAGCGUGUGGCUCGCCACCCUGCCGGCGGACGGCCCGACUGGCGGCCUGUACCACCGUGCCCAGAAGCUGCCAUGGUAG